AUGUGCCUUUCAUUUUUACGUCCCUCGCCUUUCUCUUCUCGUUGGCGACUUUUCUCUCUUCCGCGUCAGAUUUCUGUCUCGCAACAUUUUUUAAUCUAUUUCUCUUUCAUUUUUUUAUUUCUCUUUCUUUAUAAUUUCUUUCUUUUUUUAUUCCGCUUUAUUUUUUUUUUCUUUCGCUUUCUUUUUUAUUACUCUUCCUUUUUAUUUCUCUUCCUUUCUUUUUACUUCUCUUUCUUUUUUUACUUCGCUGUAUUUUUUAUUUCUUUUUCCUUUUUAUUUGGCUUUCUUUUCUUUCGCUUGCUUUUUUAUUUCUCUUUCUUUUUAUUCCGCUUUCUCUCCCACCCUUUCGUUUUGCUAAGAAACGAGGUUGCUUCUUUUCGAACUUUCUCUUCUUUCUUUUGUUUCUUCACUCAUUUUGUCUUUAUUUUCUUUUAUUCUAUCUCUCUUUCUCUAUUUUCUCUAUUAAUUCUUUUCUCUAUGCGUCUUAAUAUUGCGUCAUUCUUUUUUCUUUCUUUCUUUCUUUCUUUCUUUUUUCUUUCUUUCUUUCUUUCUUUCUUUUACCUAUUAAUUCUUUUCUCUUUGCGUAUUAAUAUUGUGUCUUUGUUUGUUUGUUUCUUUUUUUUCUUUCUUUCUUAG